AAUUCGGCUUUUUUACCCCCUCCGCCCAGGAGAAAAUUCCUCCAUAAUUCGCUGAAGGAAUGCUACUUUUCUUGACAAAUCUUGACAAAUAGACCGUUUAAUUUCAUCGUUCAUAAAGAACAUUUUCAUAAAUUAUAGACCAGAGUUCAAGGAGUCCUCUAGCAACACAUCAAAAUCAUCUUCAUUUCCAGCACAAGAAGUCAAGUCUAAGUUGCUGGAUCUGCAGUACGCGGGACAAGGUCAGAAAAAGGAUCGCCAUAGCAUGAACGUUAAAAUGGCAUGAGAUUAUCCUUUUUGGCAAAUGGAAUCAAAGCCUUCUCUCAAGUGCAAUUUCGAUAUGCUCGAUUCCCAACUUACUCUAACUCCAUGAAGGCACGAGGGAGGAUUUGUCUCUGUGGUUGGGGAUGCAGGGAGGGUUUGCCAGCCUGGGUGCCAGGUAGAAUUGGCAAGGGGAGCUGUCUAAAUAGAGUCCGUUAAUGGAGAAAUUAUUGAGUUGCAAGGUAAAAAGCCAGGGAGGGCUUGCCAGCCCGAAGCGAUUAAAUCGAAUUAGUUCACAGAGAAAGGUAGAAGGUGAAGAGCGAGGAGCAGAUUAACCCUCACCAACGGUAAAAACUUGUAAAGCAUUUCCAUCCCUCCAUUUUAUGGCUGUCCCCGCCAACCAAUAGAUAAAGAAACAGACUAUAAAUUUUUCUAAUAAUUGCGUUAGUCCCGUAAUUCUCUCAAGCAUCGCUUACCAUGGCAUCCCUUUCUCCGGCAGUAGUAUCUUUUCUGUCCUGGAGCGUUUUCGUGCUUUUUUCACAUAAUGUAAAUGCCGAAAACAGGAUCACCUCCCCCAUAUGGAGGGGCCACCGGUCUCCAAUUUCACAGCCCAAGCAUCACAGGCCACGUUUCAGUCCUGGCCCUUGGAAAAGCGCUCAUGCUACUUUCUAUGGAGGCGCUGAUGGCUCAGGAACAAUGGGUGGAGCGUGUGGUUAUGGGGAUCUCAAACAAGAAGGUUACGGCUUGGAGACAGCUGCAUUGAGCCAAGCUUUGUUCAACAAUGGCCAAACAUGCGGGGCCUGUUACGAAAUAAAAUGUGUCAACGACAACCAGUGGUGUAAGCCCGGGCAGCCUUCGCUCUUUGUUACCGCUACCAAUAAUUGCCCACCAAAUUAUGCUUUAUCCAGCGAUAACGGAGGAUGGUGCAACCCACCGCGCGAGCAUUUUGAUCUGGCACAGGCGGCGUUUCUUCAGAUUGCUGAAUACCAAGCCGGCAUUGUCCCUGUUCAAUAUCGGAGGGUUCCGUGCGCUAAGAAGGGGGGAAUUCGAUUCACGAUUACAGGGAAUCCUUACUUCACCCUUGUUUUGGUAUGGAAUGUUGGAGGAGCUGGAGAUGUUACGAGCGUACGGGUGAAGGGCGACAACAAUGUAAAUUGGACUCCAAUGCAGCGAAAUUGGGGUCAGAAAUGGCAGACUCAUACCGUGUUAACUGGGGAGUCGCUCUCCUUCAGAGUUAAGGCAAGUGAUGGUAGAACCUCCACUUCAUGGCAUAUUACCCCGCGAAAUUGGCAGUUCGGUCAAACAUUCGAAGGCAAGAACUUCAAGUAGAAGAGAUAGAGGUGAAAUCAAGAGCACCUGCUUCUUUUCAACUCAGCUCCUGAUGGAAAUCGUUGGAGUUAUUCUUUCUUUUGAGAAUUUUAAUUAUAUGGGUCGGAAUCAUGCAUGUGCCGGAACCGGGAAAAGACCAACAUUAUUCAUUAACCAACAAAUUUUGAAAGGAUUAAUCUAAACCUUAAACCGCAAGUGCAUUUGCUUUUUGAUUGUAUCUCA